UCCACUUCAACACACAAUCCCAUUGCUCUCAGCUCCAGCUAGCUAGAGAGCGCCCCACCCAAUCUUCCCUCUCAGAAGGCCCCCAAAAAAAAAAAAAAAUCCCCAUGGCUUCUCCUCGUGAAGGCCACUACAGAGGCGUACGAAAGCGUCCUUGGGGUCGCUACGCUGCUGAAAUACGCGAUCCAUGGAAGAAAACCCGGGUUUGGCUGGGCACCUUUGACACCCCGGAAGAAGCUGCUUUAGCUUACGAUGGUGCUGCUAGGUCCCUCAGAGGUGCUAAAGCCAAAACCAACUUUCCGGCGCCGCCUUCCGCCGCAACUGGGCUUUCGUUGGACUUGAACUUGCCCUCUGAUAACCGGUGGGUUUCGCCUUCUGGUAGGCUCAUGAUCGGGGAGUUUCUGCAGACUGGAGUGCUUAACGAUGUCGGUUUCAGGUCCGCUGUUGACUCUCAGGUAGCCAAUGAGCAACACGUGGCGGCCUCCGGCGAGCUUCCGGCUAGGGAAAUCGAAGGGCCCGGGAAUUUUUUUGGGAUUGUGAGACGUGGGUUGCCCAUAGAUUUGAACGAGCCCCCGCCUUUGUGGAUGUGAAGAAUGUGGAUGGAGGUGUGGCAUUUUCUCCACGACUUCGUUUUAGCUCCUGUAAUACUACUGCUUUGAACAUUUCGGGAUAGAGUUCUUAUUUUCGAGAUGAGAGCCGGGAAAAAAAAAGGGUUAACUUGAGAGAUGUUGUUAUCUUUAUGGCUGUAAAUAUUUAUUUCCUAAUCAUCCUCUAUUACUUACUGAGUAUUGACCCGAUGAGAUCUUUCUCCACUCUUGCAUUAGAAUGUUUUCGUGUGGAUUUCUUGUUUCUCUUCUAUCUUGUUUUGUUUAUUUUUGGAUACUUCGGCUCCCGGCGCCACCAACCUCCUCUCGGCCGGGGGCGGAUAUGUAUAUGUAUAUAUAAACACCUGCAUGCAGAGAUCAUGCAAGUUGUCUCACCGUGAG